CACCAACAAUGAGGGUAAAUCAGUUGGACGCAGAGUUGCUGGAUGAAGAGCUCUUUGAUCUGCUGCAGACUCAGCUCUGGAAUGCGUUCAAGCACUGGAACAUCAAGGACACCUACACGCCCGAACUUCAGGCUCUAUUGAGAGUUGCCCUGUUCAAGCUGUCCAUAUGGGAUAGAGAUGCAAGUUAUGGCGCGAUGCUACAAAACCUCAAGUACAGGGACGAGAGGAACUCAGGUUCUGUCUCAGCACGCCCUUCACGAUCACAGAAGCUACUUUACGGUCUAAUUACGGUUGGUGGAAGAUAUGCUUGGACGAAAACAGAGCUACUGAUGACGCGGGAGGGAUGGGGUGAGCUUUCUGAGUACACCUGGCGAAAUCGCAUAUAUAGUGCACUGCAACAACUCACAACCAUUCGUUCCGCUCUUUCAACUGUCAACUUCCUGAUUUUCCUUCACAAGGGGGCAUAUCGUACCCUUGUUGACCGCCUUCUUCGUAUGCGGCUAGUCCCCGCAACACGGAAUCUAGGCCGACAAGUGAGCUUUGAUUUCCUGAACCGACAACUUGUUUGGCAUGCCUUUACCGAGUUCUUACUGUUCAUUCUUCCUUUGUUGCGACUACCACGGCUGAAGCGUAAAAUCGUCCGGUUCAUCGCCCCAAAGACACCCACGAACUUGUUGGGAUUCUUACCGGAGCGGACAUGUGCCGUUUGUUAUUCAGAAAAUGCGGCAAAUACGGACGUGCAAAAUGCGUAUGAAACCGUCGAAUGCGGUCAUAGGUACUGUUACGUUUGCGUCAUGUCCAAGAUCAGGAUAGAGGAAGGGGAGGGAUGGAAUUGUUUGAGGUGUGGUACAUUAGUUCGAAGCGGGAAGCGGUGGAUUGAGAAGUGUGAUGUUGAUUUGAGAACUCAUGAUGAAGUCGAGGACAAGUCGGGCGAGAGUGAUGUUGAUGAAGACGAAGUCGAGGAAGCCGAUUCUGAUGUUGGGCUAGACUCAGAUGAUGACGAUGGAAAUGGUGAAACUGAGGCUGAGUCGGUGAGCGACUUAGAUUCGGAUAUCAACGGAGAGGACGUCCAAUCUGAGGCCGAGUUUGCCGAGUAGAUGGUAGUAACAAAUGGCAAGAUCUUAAGUAC